UUAUUAGCUAUACAAAAACAUAACAAACCAUUGUCCAUUAUCCUGUAUUGUCGAUGUUUAUUUAUAUCUGAUAAAAAAAAAAACAUUAGGUAGAUUAAUGUGAAUAUCAAAACGUGUCCAAUAUGGUACAAUAAUGGUGGGUGUUAAAACAUAUUAUGCAGAUUGUAAUAGGAUAGAAAUUAGAAAUCACCGACAAGUAAUGACUAAUGAUGAUAUUGAAUACAAAAUAAAAAUAAAAUUUCGACAUUCGAUAAUAAAUACACGUUUAAAUGUAUUAUUUACUCCGAAAAAAUGUAAACGUACCAAUCAACAAUAUUUUCGUAUUUCGAUCUAAUGCGUACAUGUACUGCACGUCCUGUCGAUUAUUAUUACCGUGGCGGCGUGGUGUCUUUGAAGUUUGGACGAUGGACAUAAUAUUAUUAUUGUUAUUAAUUUUAUACGGAGCCUACGAUUGUCUCAUCUGUUUUUAACUUGAUUGAUGCCCGUGCCGGACGGGUUUACCCAAAUGCUUUUAUAGUCGUUCGUUUGUUUCGGGCUGAUUCCGUUGGUUUUGCAAACAGUGAUGUUUUUAUAGAUUUCCCAAACGAGUUGUUUGCAUCUUACUUUAUCGCGAUUAUAAUAUUAUUAUCGUCAUUAGACGUAGUUUUCCUCGCACAGGCAUCACCACCACCACUUGCUAUUUUACCACGUCCUCCACCACCUCUUUUCAUUUCUCGCCAUACACCCGUCGCCCGUCACAACUGCGCGCAUUUUCAUAAUCAGAAACAGAAUUAUAGUGAACGUACCGGUUUGUGCGCUUAUACAAUUGUACGGAAUACGGAUGUAAACGUUCACGAGGUUAGGACUAUCGUGUCGUGCAGCAAGUCGAAUCAACAGUGGACAUAACGGCUGUACAUAACAAUCGCGUACAGUCGAAUACAUAAUACAAAUAAAAUAAUUACUUAUUACUGUAAAGACAAAACAAUAAUAUCGUACCGACGUACCAGAAAUUUACCUUUUAUAACAUUAUAAUGGUUACCGAUGCAAACGCAUUUCUUCGCGAUUAAAAUAGGAAAAUCCACAAUACGGGACAUGUAAUCAUUAUGACGGUGACCGCUGUGGCAGUGGCAAUCGCAGUGGCGGCUUAUAUCGGCGGUCCGAAUCGCGCCCGUACGGAGGAGGCGGUGACGAUGGCCUUGUCGUAGUUGUUGUUGCUGCUAUGACUGCGCCCGCUAUGAGUUAUAACGAUGUCAUGAUGAUUCACAGCGAGACGCGCCAGUGAUCGCGACGCAAACGUUCUAUGGACAGUGACGACUUCCACCACCAACAACAACAACAACAACAACAACAGCGACGUCGGCGGUCGACAACGGCCGUGUUGCUACAGCAGCAUCAGCAACAGCAGCCUGGCGUGAGGUGGCGUGCGGUGCAGCCAGCCAGGAGGAGUUGCUCGGCCGUAACCGAAAGGGACAUGAUGAUGGUUACCGCCGGCGCGUGGCAGCCGUCCCGGCAACACUCGCUCACCGCCAAGAGAUCGUCCAGAGUUUACAGAGAAUUGUGUUCAGCAUGGAAUUCGCGUGUGGGCUCCCAAAACUCGAACGCGCCGGCCCACAGAGUUCAGGCGCUGUUCAGCGACCUGGGAUUGUACCUGACCUCGGUCCAAGUCGCUGAAAUGAUGCAGUGCGUAAUGAAAUGUGCCAAUAGAAGUUCGCCGGUAUAUAUGACAUUUGGCGAGUUUUGCUUGUUGGCUAGAAAACUCAAAAAUGGCUUGGAUAGAGGGAUACCGAGAUCUGUGCAGUUUUCACGGCUGUUGGAAAAAGAUCAAGAGAAACACAUCAGGGGAAUUAAAAAAAAUUCGAGAAGUCCUCACAGCUACGACGUGUUCCUUGGCGGUUCCUGCAAUCCGACUACGUGGCGCCAAGACUUGGCCAUACCGUACCUGCAAGAUGCCGGUGUGUCAUUUUACAAUCCGCAAGUGGACCAUUGGAGCCAAGAUCUAAUCGAAAUCGAACACGCUGCCAAAGAGAGCGCGACGAUACUGUUCUACGUGAUCGACAGCCAGACUAGGAACGUGGUCAGCGACAUAGAGACGGCCAAUUUUGCCGGUAAUCACAACAACCUGGUGUUGGUCAUCCAUCCGCAAGACGCGAUUGCUGGGUCGGUGGUCGCCGGCGAGCCCAUCUCUUUCCGUGAAGCGGAGGACAUACGCGAAGCCCUGACGACGCUCCACAAGAUCGCUGCCAACCAAGGGACGCUGGUGUUCGAUAACAUACCCGAAGCGUUGAACAAUGUCAUUCAGAUUCUGAAAGACAAAAACCGUCAGAGCAAUGAUACUGUCGAAGACAAUCCUACAUACCGAAAGAUACGCGAUGCAUUUAACAAGUUCAACGUUGAUGCACCAGGACCAGGGAAGAUGAAAAUUUCCCAUGUGACAAGGGCUAUCCAAUUCUUGGCCAAUCAGAAUCUAUCCGAAAACGAUGUGCUAAACCUGACAUCUGAACACCAAGAUACAAAAGAUGUUGGAGGUAACCACCAAGUUUAUUUUACGUUCAACCAAUUUUACGCUGUUGCAUCUAAAUUUCUACAGUUACCAGACAAAAACAAUCGGAGGAAUGGAUUUGACAUUGGGCACUCAUACCGUUUGAAUGUAGGUAGACCAUUAUACUUGUCACACGAGAGUGUCGAAACCACACGGUCUUCAAAGACUACAGAUAUUUAUCUAGCUGGAGAAAGCGGUGAUGACAUUCGGUGGAGAGAAGACAUUGCUAUUCCCAUGAUAAAAAAAUCUAAUUUAACAUAUCACGCAGCAUCCAAAACAGAUCUAUCAGUAUUAUUAGAUGCACAUACUUUGUUAUUUGUAAUUCCAAACAAUUCAAGAUCUUUAGCAACCAUGACACUAGCAGCAUACAGUAUAGCUAAAAGCUGCAGAAUGGUGAUAUGUAUACAGAAUCUCAGUAAAGAUUACUGCACAGUUCGCGGUGAAAAGUUGACACAAACAGCUAUCAACGACUAUAACCGAGGACGGAUUUACCUAGCAGAUUUGGCAUCACGAGAACGAGUACCUGUGUUUGAAUCAAUCAAAGAAGCGGUUGAAAUUGCAGUGCAAAAAAGCUUAUAGCAUAAUAUAUUUUAUUCUAUAAAUUAUAAUGCGUAUAGAAAAUAAUGACCAUUUAAUUACAUAGUUAUUUUGAAUUACAUAAAAAUUAACAGAUGUGCACGAGCAAAAA